AUCGUAAUGAUAAGAUUUUAAUGGCUAGAAUUACAAAAUGAAACAAUCAUAUAUUGCUACAGAAAUGAAAAUAUUUGUUUUCAAAACAUGGCGUCCUUCACUUUCUACACUACCAUUAAAUCACCCGAAUUGGUUUCUGUUCCCGGUUAUCACAACCCUAAACCCGCAACCAAACACUCCUUAUCUUUCCCCUCUUCUUCAACAACAAAUCUCCGUUCUAGGGUUUAUUACAAGACUCGCCGCUAUCAAGGACUCAUCAAAGCUUCUUCAGAAACCAUGACCACUGAGAAAUUGGGAAUUACGAUCGUCAAAAACCCUCCGGAAUCGAAGCUCACUGAACUCGGCGUCAGAUCUUGGCCCAAGUGGGGAUGUGAUCCGAGCAAAUUUCCAUGGACGUAUUCGGCGAAAGAGACAUGCUACCUGCUGAAAGGGAAGGUGAAGGUGUACCCUGAAGGGUCCGAUGAGGGUGUGGAGAUCGGUGCUGGAGACCUGGUGGUGUUUCCUAAUGGGAUGAGCUGCACUUGGGAUGUUUCGGAAACUGUUGACAAGCAUUACAAGUUCGAGUAAUCUGUGUGAUUCAGCUUUUAUGUUUGGUAAACUUGUAUACUCGUUUGAAACUUGAAACUUGUUUCUGAUACCGUAUGAUUUAGUGCCGUAUGAAUGAAGCGUACUCGCUUAGGUUAUUGUUACAAACUGUUCGGUUAAUUCAGUAUUGAUUGGUUUCCAAUCAGCUCGGUUA